UUAAAUUUUAGGGGUUUGUUUGUUUACAUGUCUUCGCCGGCUUUAAAUUUGUGGGAUUUUUGGAGACAUAUUUUGACAGUUUGCUUUAAUUGCCAAGACCAUAUUUUUGGAGUAUUUUUUUGUGAAGUGACCAUUGGUCGUGUGUACCAAUGCCUCCAGUUUCAAUAAGAAAAACUUAUUCCAGAAAACCCUCGAAUGUGUUCAAGAGAAGAGACUCAUGUGAUGCCAUAAACGCUCUAUUCGCUGUGAAUUUGCAAAAACGAGAAAUAUCCUUCAUUACGACUACUAGAAACAUAAAACGCAAAUCCAAAAAAAUACAAAUAAAGGAAUUACCAGCAAAAGAUAGAUUUCAUCAUUUGAUAGAAGAUUCAGUAGUUAGGAGCUGUCCUUUCGAUGACACUUUUGAUAAAAUGUUGAAAAGUGGGCAAGUUUCACUGAAAGAUGGUAGCCAGAAUGCGAGUAAGAUGCAGGGCAAAUACGAAAGCAGUUUGGAUAAAUCGGUUACAAAUAGCUUAAUUAUUGAAAGGGAGUGUAAAAAGAAAGUAGAUGAGUUUACUCUCAGUAGUUUCUCUUCACAGAGUAACUCGAAUGUACUACGAGAUGGUGUGGUCGAUAAUUGCUCAAUAGAAAAAUCCUACGAUAAGAAGUUUGAAGAAGUACAAAAUCGAUAUAUUAUUGCCAGCACACCUGCAGCUUAUUGUUCCCCAAAAAAAAUAACAAUUGUAGGCGAAGCUAUAUCGCCUAUAGCUGCGUGUAAGUCUAGGCAUAAAUCGAUUGUUGAUAAAUCAUACGAAUUGAUUCACACGUGGAAUUUUGAACCUCCCUCAGAGUUUCAAACUGUCUCAUUGUUGUCUAGUUCGCGUUCAAGUACACCAAAACGACAACAGUGGCGUCAUAUAUCUAAGGUAAAGAAUCGGGUUAAACAUUAUCGCAAAAUUCCUUUAGCCUAUGGACAAUUAAAAGAACUUUCAAAACACAUUCGAGAAACAGAUGAAAAGUUGAACCAAGAACCGAAAGUUGCUUUAACACCUUUGUUUUUAAACACUCUUGGAAUAACGGAUUCGGUACAGUUACCCUCAAAAACGGAGGAAUCUUACUUACAAAACUUAAAUGAAAGCACAAAAUCUUCAUCAGCUUCAAUCAGUAAUCCAUUGAGCAAAGGAAGAAAUGACAGUGAAUUGCCUGCAGGGAAUUCUUCACCUCGCACUCCCGUACGUGUCCUUAAUCUUAGGAAAAGGGCUGUGCCAAUCACAGGGCGUAGACCGAAACUGGUAGAAAAACGCGAAGUGAUGAUGAAUAAUGAAACUGCUCCCAAAUUGUUAAAUGAUACGGUUUCAAGAAGCCAGUUAAAGAACUGUGAUGCGAAUAGCUGCAAUGAGCAAAAUGGCACAGUAUUUUCAAGCGACGUUCAAGAAAGAGAUAAAAAGUUGAAUCAAGAAACUAAGGUUACUCUAACGCCCAUUUCUUUAAACACGCUUGCGAAGAAAUGUCUGGUACAGGUAUCCACAGAGACGACUGAAUCAUUCUUGCAGGACUCGAACGGAAGCAGUAAAUCAACCUCGGUCAGUAAUUGGAUAAGCCAAGUGGAAAAUGGCACUGAAUCGUCUGCGCCGAGUGUCUCGAAUUGUUCACCUUGCACUCCUGUACGUUUCCUUAACCUUAGGAAACGGGCUGUGCCUAUCACAGGGCGUAGGCGGAAACUAGUGGAGAAGCAUGAAAUUCCGACUGAUAAUCAAAGUCCUGCCAAAUUGCCGACUGACAGUUCAACAUGUUUGAUGGAGAAUUACCAUGCAAGUAGCAGCGAUGAACAGAAUGCAACGAAAGAAAAUACUUCUAUCUCGCAAUGGGGCGACAAUAUUAGUGAAUCAAGUGAUACAUCUCAUCAUGAGAUGGAGAUUAUUAAUCAAAUCAUAAAUACACCUGCAAUAAACUCUGAUGAUGACAAAGAUGACUUAUUAAAUUCAGCUGGGGAAGAACGAGACUCCAUGUACAAUAGAAAAUUGUGUUCGAUUUACAGUAAGUCGUUACCAAGUAUACACUGUCAUGCACUUUCAAUGCGCGAAGAAACGAGGUGCUUAAAUGAGAAAAGUAGGCACACAUUAGAUGCGACAUCAAACCUAACAAACACUGUCGAACUGAGUUUAUCUGCUACUGAAUUCGAAAUUAGGAAGGCACAUUACGUGAGGAAGUUGAACUUUUACCUCAACUCGACAUCAGGUUCCAAUUGUGACCUUUCAAAACCUAAUCUUGUAGAGAGUGAUAGCGCAAAUAUUUCAAUGGAUUGGAAUGGAAGCCGGUCUGAUAAGGUUCAGAAUUCGAAGAUCUCAUUACGUGAUGAACCAACCAUUUUUGAGACUGAAUCCGUUCAGGCGAAUGCAACUAAUAUUACCCCUGCCUGUAAUGACCAAAACAUUAGCAUAGUUUCUGUAGAUAAUGUAGUUUUUAAUGAAAAGACUGAUUCUGAUAACGAUAACGAAAUUCCUUUGACACACUAUGAGAAGUUAGAUCACUCGUACUGUAGUACAGAAUAUGCAAAUGUCUCCAAGAACGGCCAGAACUUCAAUGAAGUUUUGAACUAUUCCUGUAACAAUGCAAACAGUAUUUGUAGCAGUGAUGUAAUUUCAAUAAGCGAUGAAGAAAUAAUAGGUAUACAAUCAUCAGCCGAGUCAGAUGUAUCCCAUGCAUCUGAAGAUUUCAAUAUGUCAAACUGUAGUAUUAGUGAUGUCAGAGAGAUUAACAAAUUCACAUCUUUUGAUAAUGAGAACUAUGUGAUUGAUAAACAAGAUUUAGGGCAUGAGGAGUCAUUUGUCAAGACAGAUGAUGAGAGCAACCUGCUGACUGACGAAGAAAUAAAUGAAGUUGGAGAAGAUACAUAUGCAAGCACAGACAGUGAAAAUUGUCUGAUCAAAGAAGAUACAGAUAAAGUGAAUGAACUUAGCUCCUGCGUACCAUUAAAAAAAUCGGUAUUACUAAAAGAAGGAAAGGCCUGGCGUCGGUCACUGUUGCAGCAUCGUAAGCUAUCUAUUCUUCGCACUACUCAAGAUUGUACGAAUUCCCCCAUAAUAUCAGAACCGUCAAAACUGUUUCGAAGAUCAAUACUUUCUACUAUCCGUCAGAGUAUUAACUCUUCGCUUUUUGAAUCAAGUCAAUUAAACACCACCAUCGAAACUGCGUAUGGUCCGGACAGCACAACAGAAACUUUAUACCAGGAAGAGAGUAUUGGCGAAUCGCUUCACUUAACCAGGAAUAAGUCGAUCUAUGAGGAAACGCCUUAUGAACGGGCGAGAAAUCUCGUUCUAAGAAAAUGUGGCCAAGAGAAACCUCUACCGUUCGAAGAAUGUUAUCCGUCAACAAUUUUACAACGAUGUCGCAAAAUCGGCGAAGGAGUAUACGGAGAAGUGUUCUUGUACAAAAAUUCGGAUGGGUUUGGUACCGUUAUGAAAAUUAUACCCAUAGAAGGAAGCCAAUUGGUAAAUGAUGAACCGCAGAAGAAAUUUCAUGAAAUUCUCUCUGAAAUUGUUAUUGCAAUGUAAGUAUUUUUAUUGAUUUUAAUCACAUUGAGGUUACUGUUGUGUUGCGUAUUACAAAUUCGUUAAGUAUAAAUCAACAAAAGUUACUAAAUAUGAUUUAUUGUGGUAUCGGUUUUGAUUUGUUACAGUUACCCUAAUAGAAUUAUGAAAUGUAUGUAAACAAUGCCAAAUGUUUGUUCUCUUUUAUUAAAUAAUAGUCAACGUUAUUCUAUGCUGCAUAAGACAAUAUUAGGUUCCUAUAUAAACCUUGAUAUAAACAUGUGAAUGUUUAUAAAUAAAGUAUAUUAUUAUCAAAUAAUUAUGAUUGAAGACAUAUUAAUAGUUAAUACUGUAUCAUGGCAAAUUGUUUUUUAACUUUUGGAGUACUUCAACCUGCAAGCAGCGCUGUUACUCGAUGUCAAACUAUCGUACCAACGGUUUAACAAAAAUGUACUGAAUUUCGCUGCAGUGUACUAAAUAGAUAUUUCAAUUCUAAAUUGACUUAGUAAUAAAAUUUUUUUUUUCGUUAAUUCAGGAAGAAAAUGACCGAUUGUGUUAUUUUGGAAAUAUCUACUAUCUAGGGAAUUUCAUGUCAUAUAAUGUGGUGGUAGGUACUACCUAACAAUGAAAAACUUCCCAUUUGUUGAUACAUUUAUUUUAGAAAAACAUUUUGGUAUUAAUUCAAUAUAUUGUUUUGUUAACAAAUUUUGUAAGUUCUAGGAUCCCACAACAUAGUUGAUCCAGAUUGUUUUACUGAUAUUUGAAGAUGCAAAAUUGCUUCAACAGUUUCCACUAAUAAUGAAUUUCUAAUAUCGGUUUUAAUUAGGAACAUCUGAGAGAAAACUCGUUCCACCGUUGCAGAAGAGUGAGGUGUAAUUAAACCUACAGUUACCAAUUCCAUUAAAUUUCCAUAUAUAGGCUCACCUAAUUCGUUUUUUGUUACAUUAACAGCGGACCAAAAUUCUUCUAAAUUAUGGGAAUGUUUGUGCAACUCUUUUGAUUCACUAAGCAAUUGCCAUUCCUGGUUUACAAUGUCAUAAUUCAGGUUAAUGUCUGGAAACAAAGUGAAUCCUUCAGUUAAUGAUAAUUUUGUCCCUGAUAAUGCAACUUUAGGUACAAAGUUACUAAUAAAAUUUAAAUGUUUGUCCUUAAAAUUAAACCUUCUUCUAAUUUCUGUACAUAAUUCUAUAUAAAAAUCUAAACAUCUUAAUCUAAAGGAAUGCAAAUCAUUAUUAGUAAUAUCAUUUUCAUUGAGAUUUGACAGAUAUAGUUCAGCAUUUGCACCAAAAUAAAUCGACUUAAUAUCAAUAUAACUACUUGGCUUUUUUAUGUCGAUAUCGAUUAUUUCUUGCCUAUCCAAAAUCUCUUUUUUAAUAAAAUAUUUGAGAAU